UCCUUCUCGAGUCCUAUCUCUGCUGGUGAACAGGCAGGAGGGGCUGCCCCCGCGCUCUGCUCCUCUAGCCUGGCUUGAGCCUGGGGCCUUUCCAGGUGCUGCAUGCAGCAAGGAAGUCCUUUGCCAGCACAAAUGGUUGCUGGACUCUGGAGACGAGACCUGCUCGGCCCAGAGAGCAGCACAGGGUACUGGGUGUAUGUGAGGAGCCUGGAGGCUGAGAGCCUGUGCUCCCCGGGUAGGCAGGAGAGGGGAAGGCACAGGUCCCAAGUAGCCAGCCUGUCAGGCCUUGAGGCACCCUGCCUGUGGGACUGUGUCGCCUGCCUUGCCGUCCCAAGCUGCUGGGAGACUCGGGGAAAGUCUCCGGCACAGCUCGGACUCGGAAGUGUCUGGGACUGUCAACCUGGGCACUCUUCUCAAGCAGUGACCCUUGAGCUUCCAACUAAUUUGCCUUUUUGCUUUCUCUUUUCAGGGAGCCCAAAAGGUGCGAUGCUCACCCAUGGGAACGUGGUGGCUGAUUUCUCAGGCUUUCUGAAAGUGACAGAGAAAGUGAUCUUUCCGAGACAGGACGAUGUGCUCAUCUCCUUCCUGCCUCUGGCUCACAUGUUUGAGAGAGUAAUCCAGUCUGUUGUCUACUGCCAUGGGGGGCGCGUCGGCUUCUUCCAGGGAGACAUCCGUCUCCUCUCAGAUGACAUGAAGGCUCUGCACCCCACCAUCUUCCCUGUGGUCCCUCGAUUGCUGAACCGGAUGUAUGACAAGAUCUUCAGCCAGGCAGACACACCAUUAAAGCGCUGGCUCUUGGAGUUUGCAGCAAAGCGUAAACAGGCUGAGGUCCGGAGUGGAAUCAUCAGGAAUGAUAGUAUCUGGGAUGAACUCUUUUUUAAUAAGAUUCAGGCCAGUCUUGGUGGGUGUGUGCGGAUGAUUGUCACUGGAGCGGCCCCCGCAUCACCGACAGUGCUGGGAUUCCUCCGGGCGGCUCUGGGGUGCCAGGUUUAUGAAGGUUACGGCCAAACUGAGUGUACGGCUGGAUGUACCUUCACCACGCCCGGGGACUGGACCUCAGGGCAUGUAGGGGCACCUCUGCCCUGCAAUCAUAUCAAGCUCAUCGAUGUCGAGGAACUGAACUAUUGGACCUGCAAAGGAGAGGGAGAGAUAUGCGUGAGAGGACCAAAUGUGUUCAAAGGUUACUUGAAAGAUCCAAACAGAACAAAGGAAGCCCUGGACAGUGACGGCUGGCUUCACACUGGGGACAUUGGGAAGUGGCUGCCGGCAGGGACUCUUAAAAUUAUUGAUCGGAAGAAGCACAUAUUUAAACUUGCUCAGGGAGAAUAUGUUGCACCCGAGAAGAUUGAGAACAUCUACAUCCGGAGUGAGCCUGUGGCACAAAUCUAUGUCCAUGGGGACAGUUUAAAGGCCUUUUUGGUGGGUGUUGUCGUGCCUGACCCUGAAGUCAUGCCCUCUUGGGCCCAGAAGAGAGGAAUUGAAGGGUCAUAUGAAGAGCUCUGUGCAAAUAAGGAGCUGAAAAAAGCCAUUUUGGAAGAUAUGGUGAGGUUAGGAAAACAGAGUGGACUCCAUUCGUUUGAACAGGUAAAUAUUCCCUUCCCCGUACUUGUUACAACCCUUCAUGCAGUGCUGAAAAUUACACUCACCCAAG